UCAAUGGACGGUGCAGAUCAGUUGAUUUUCAUUAACGUUCCAGUCCUUCAUUGUUUUUUUAGAUCGCUCUCUAUCAAAAAGCGGCGGUCGAUUUGGCUCCGUAGUUUCUUCUUCACGGAUCUCUCGCUCGCCCGUUAGUGCCGGCCUCCUAUUGCCGACGGCGAGGUCGAGCUCUAUUCCCAUGGAGAUGCCCUCUAUCUCCUCGACUCCCCGCACCGUUGAGGAAAUCUUCAAAGACUUUUGUGGCCGACGCAACGGCAUCAUCCGCGCUCUUAAUCAAGAGGUCGACGAAUUUUACGCACUCUGCGAUCCGGAGAAGGAGAAUUUGUGCCUGUACGGGCAUCCAAACAGCUCGUGGGAGGUGACGCUGCCAGCGGAAGAGGUGCCGCCGGAACUCCCGGAACCGGCGUUAGGAAUAAAUUUCGCCAGAGAUGGAAUGAACCGGAGGGAUUGGCUCUCCCUAGUUGCGGUGCAUAGUGACUCCUGGUUGCUUUCCGUCGCUUUCUACCUUGGGGCCCGUUUCAAUGGCAAUGAGAGGAAGCGAUUGUUCAGCAUGAUCAACGAUUUACCCACUGUUUUUGAGGUGGUCACAGAGAGGAAAGCAGGAAGGGAGAAGUCUGAUAAUGGAGGAAAAUCAAAGCAAUCAACAAAGCGUUCAAGCGACGGGCAGAUUAAAAACAAUGCGAAGCUUGCCGACGAGGGCUACGGCGAAGAUGAAGAUGAGCACAGCGAAACCCUUUGUGGAGCCUGUGGUGGCAACUACAGCCCGAGCGAAUUCUGGAUCGGCUGCGAUGUAUGCGAGAGGUGGUUUCACGGUAAGUGUGUAAAGAUCACACCGGCGAAAGCUGAGAGCAUAAAGCAGUACAAAUGUCCCAGUUGCAGCUCAAAGCGGGGAAGGCAGUAGUAAAUCGGAGUGAUCGAACGGGUCGGUAAUUUGCUUCCUGUUUGCUGACAGAUUUCAUGAUGUUUUCUUUUGUUCAUGGUUAAUAUAUUAGAUUCUAGUGGUGUUUUAUUUAUGUUCAUGUUUAUAGAUUAUGAGCUAUACAACUGCAGACUCUUUUUUAAAUAUACAUAUAUACAGGAGUAUAGUUAGAUGUAAACAUUAAUUUUAGAAAUGGGCUUUUGCUUUGCAUGC